AUGUACACGCUAGCCGUUCUUCUGCUUGUUCUGGCCAACUUGGCUGAGGCUCAAUGGAAUGUUCCUAUGUCUGUCGCGAACUUCAACCCCAUGCUGGCCGGCGGCCAAGUUCCACCAGGAAUGGUUCAAGGCGGAUUUUACGGGUAUCCUAUCCCUAACCAGCCAGGAAAUAAUCAACUUGCUGCACAUUUUGCUCCGCAAUUCGCUCAGUUUGGCGUUCAACAUCCAGGCUAUGAAGCUCAGGGCAACCUCAUGGACCAGUAUCAAGGAGGUGCAAUUGCGCCUAACAUCCCCGUGGGAAGCUCGAGACUACUUCAGGCCUCGCAGAGCCCUUACGGCCUGCAACAACCCGGAUUUCCAAAUCAGCUACGGCCCAUUCAACAGAUGACAUAUCAACCGGGUGCGUUCGGUCCUCAGAGUGCCAAUCAAGGAGGACCCGCUGGCCCACUAGGCUACGGUGGUGAAAUGCAGACGACGGGAUCAGACGGAUUUCAGGGCGAUGAUUUUAUGGGAACACUGGAAAAGCCGGCAGUUCGUCCUCCUACGCCUACAUCCGAGCCAGUCAGGGUUAUACCGCCUUUUAUGAAAGGACAGAGCAAAGAGGACCAAGACAAGUUCUACGCUAUUGUUCAGCACCCAACAUGGUCAGCAGCGGAGAAGAAUGCGAAAAUCGAAGAACUCGUCCGAAAUAUGAGCCCUGAUGUACAAAAUACUUAUGCUCAGUAUCAACGAGCGUCGUCCAGCGAACUCGCUGCGAAACGGCAACGGGUUCAUGAAGCGGUCGCGGCUAUGUCGCCAGAAGCCCAGCAGCAGUUUCAGAAGGUAUCAGCAUUGGUGACGAAUCCACGUCUUCCUGAACAGGAACGCUUGCAGAAUAUUCAAGACCUGUACUCAAAAAUGCCGGACUCCGUAUCAGCAUUGGUGACGAAUCCACGUCUUCCUGAACAGGAACGCUUGCAGAAGAUUCAAGACCUGUACUCAAAAAUGCCGGAUUCCGUGAAACAAGAAUUCGAUGCGAAAUUCACCAAUCUGUAG